CUCAACAAGAAGUUGCACUCUCAAAAGUCGUCGUCGUCGUCUUUCUCUCGCCUCUCUCGAAACCCACGUGAACAGCCAGGGCUCCCUCGACCGUUUCCUCUCUCCAAUCCGUCGGCGUCCCUGAUCACGAGCCGCGGAAUCGAGAUCCGCGUCUCGCGCUGAUCGCAACGAGCCCAGAUUUGCCUAACCGUGGUCCCAUCUCCCGCCGCAUUUGGGAUAUAUAGCUGUUGGCCUUCUUCCUCGUUGGAACUUCCAUGAGGUGGAUGCAACAUCCCUAGUGCUAGGAUCUGUGGCUCAAUGGGGAGAAUGAAAGGGGUUUCUGAGGGUCUGAUCAUCGGAAUCACCGUUGGGGUGGUGAUAGGUGUGCUGCUGGCUGUUGGGAUACUGCUGUGCAUGAGGUAUCGGCGUUCCCAGGCGCAGAUAAGGAGUAGUAGCUCAAGGAGGGCAUCAAUGGUCCCCAUCCGUACCAAUGGUGUCAAUGCUGGUGCCAUGCUCUCGGACUCGACUACAGGGCAGGAGUCUCCAAGGGAGUUUGAAGAUCGUGGUACAUCUAUGUGGCCUGAAGGGCCUCGUAGGAAGAGUGCAAUCUCAGCUUCUGGGAUACCCAAAUAUGCAUACAAGGAACUACAGAAAGCUACCAGCAAUUUCACAACAUUAUUAGGUCAGGGAGCCUUUGGCCCUGUUUACAAAGCUAGCAUGUCUUCUGGUGAGACACUGGCUGUUAAAGUGCUUGCUAACAAUUCAAAGCAAGGUGAAAAGGAGUUUCAGAAUGAGGUCUUACUUCUUGGGAGGUUGCACCACAGGAAUCUGGUGAAUUUGGUUGGCUAUUGUGCGGAUAAAGGGCAACAUAUGUUAUUGUAUGCAUACAUGCCUAAUGGGAGCCUUGCAUCACACUUAUAUGGUGAAAAUAGCGCACCACUGAAGUGGGAUUUGAGAGUAAACAUAGCUCUGGAUGUUGCUAGGGGUUUGGAGUACUUACACGAUGGGGCUGUUCCUCCAGUAGUUCACCGCGACAUCAAAUCCCCCAACAUUUUGCUGGAUCAGUCCAUGCAUGCUAGGGUUGCUGACUUUGGAUUAUCAAGAGAGGAAAUGGUUACUCGAAAUGGAGCCAACAUACGAGGAACUUAUGGAUAUCUUGAUCCAGAGUAUGUUUCCUCACGAUCAUUCACAAAGAAGAGUGAUGUGUACAGCUACGGUGUUUUGCUAUUUGAACUGAUUGCUGGCAGAAACCCGCAACAGGGUCUAAUGGAAUAUGUUGAGCUUGCUACAAUCAACGCUGAUGGAAAAACUGGAUGGGAGGAAAUCGCAGACUCUCGAUUAGAAGGCGCAUUUGAUGUGGAAGAGCUCAAUGACAUGGCUGCUGUUGCUUACAGAUGCGUGAGCCGUGUGUCCCGGAAGCGCCCAGCGAUGCGAGACGUCGUCCAGGCGCUGGCCUGUGUGUUGAAACAUAGCCGCAGCAGGAAGCAUCGCAGUGGGAGGCAUCCACAGGCAAGGACAGACGAUGAAUCUAUCGACUUGGAGGCGUCCGAGGUUCAGACAGAGGAAUCAGUCGGCAGUGUCUCUGGUCUACCAGAUGUCUGACGGAAUUAACCAAAUUUUCCACCAUAGUUGUUCUUGGAUUUCUUUUCUUGGUUUGUGCAAUUCUUUUGUUUUGUUUAUAUGAAAAAUACUACGGUCAAGGACGAAACUAUUGGAUAGGGAGACAGUUUUGAGCAGUAGGGGUGACUGGUGUGGAGUUACUGUCAAUUGUAGUGUGUUGUAUAGAUCUGCAUUGUAACUACUUGAUAAAUAGAAACCGAUUGUAACCAAUCUUUGGGGUUGCCCUCAUCCGGAGAUGAAGAGGUGCAACUGUAAUUUACCUGGCAGUUUAGAUUUGUUUAAUUUAAAUGUACAAUUUGAAUU